AUGGCUGAAUUUACUGAAAUCAAGAAACUAAACGAAUUAAUCAAAGACUACAUCGCUGGUGAAGUUGUCGAACAAAGAGUCGAACGUUUAGUUCCAGCCGGUGAAAACUACGGAAGCGUACUCUAUAAAGUUGAUUUUAAAGUUAAAUUCAAUGGAAUCGUCAAACCGUUUUAUGGGGUGGCCAAAUGCACACCCCCAAAUAAAGUGACUCAAGAGAUUUUUGCUACACAAGUUUCAUUCAAAACUGAAAUCGGUUGGUACACCACCGUGAUACCAACUUUGAAAAUGUUUCAACGGAUACACGAAGUUGCGGCGGUCGAUUUUUUCCAGAAUUUUUACGGCGCCAGGAUUUCUUUGGAUCCGAAUAGCGAUGUGGUUGAUGAAGAUGGAGUGAUUCUUACUCAAAACUUGAACACUUUAGGUUACAAAAAUGUGGAUCGUCACACCGGUUUCGACCUUAAAACUUCGAAAUCGGUUCUCAGAGACUUAGCAACUUUUCACGCUAUACCAUGGGCAAUUAAGCGACAAAACCCCAACUUAUUCAACAGAAAUAUCUUACCCUUCUUGCCGAAAACAGAAAGAAUCUUAGAAAAAAGUGAUCCAUUUGCAUCAAUUAGGAAAGGUCUCAAAGAUAUACCAGAAUUGCAGCCAUAUUUGGAAAAAGUGUUUCACAUUUUCGAAAGUAACGAUUUGUUUGAUGAAUCCGAGCCUGAUGAGCUUUGGGGAUCUGUUGGACACGGCGACUUUUGGUCCAAUAAUAUUAUGGUUACCGAAGAUGAGGAUCCCAAAACUAUCAUUUUAGAUCUUCAAGAGCCUUGCUAUGCUUCGAUAGCUGCUGAUAUUAUUUUUCUUGCAGUUAUAUCAAUCAAUCUGGAAGUAGCCAAAACCCAUUUGGAUUAUUUAAUUGAAGGUUAUUGGAUUAAUUUUUUGAUGAAUGUGAGGGAACUUGGCUGUGACAUUAGACCUCUUACUUUUCAAAGAUUUUUGGAUGAACUAAAAGUACAAGCCAAGAAACAAUUAGGACACGCCAUGUUUAUUAGUCAAUUUGUGUAUAUGGAAAAAGGACAUACAGCUAUUGAUAGCUCAGAUGAAACAUUUACCCGGGACAAUUUGAAAUUUGAUAAUAUCAAGUUUGGAAAGACUCAUAAGGAGAGAUACACGUGGGUCAUUCAAGAAUUUAAUAAACGUAAUUGGAUUUAA